CGUAUACUUUGCGAGUUUGUUUUUGUUGCGAGAAGCAGCGAGAGGUCAAACGUGAUAGUACGAGAACUUCCCUAGUUUGGCAAUAAUAAUGAAUUUUAUAAUCAAUUUGUGAAAGUAGCCAGUGAAGACUCAGUUAGUUUGAAUGACCUUUUCAGCUGCAAGUUGAGCUCGCUGGUGUAGAUUCAUCCUCACUUAAUUUGUUGGGUUAUAGCAAUCUAAGUUUAUGAGAUAACAUCACCUUCAAUCGACUUGACACUCCACUGCUUGUGCAUGCUGACCAACACCUUGUGCUAUCUCUGCGAUACAAUUUACCUUAAGUCAGGGGACUAUGUCAGUCAAUAGGGCACCUAAUGACAUGGGUUCACGGAAUGCUAAAGCGAGGGAGGCAGGAGAGAUCUUAUACAACAGUCUAAGCAACUCUAAUAAUUCAAGUUCAAGGCUCGAUGGAAGAAGUAAUACGCGGAAUCUUGCAGAGUCUUCAAUAGCUAUAGAGGGUGGGAUUGAUGGACGUGUUUCCGCUGUCAGACGCACUUUCUGUCUCAUCAUCUUAUUUGAUUUAUUGUUCUCAUUUAUACUUUGGGUGUUAUAUUCUCAGUUCACAAGUAAACCUCUGAUGGUUGCUAUCUAUGAGCAGGUGGAAAAAUACUCAAUUAGAACAUCACUCUUUGAUACAGUGUUGGCGGCAGCAUCAAGGUUUACAAUACUUAUUCUGUCAUAUGCUCUCUUCAGAUCCAGGAAGCCCUGGUUUGUUGCAAUCACAACAGCAUUAACAUGCGGCUUCCUUGUUGCAAAAGCAUUUCUAUUUCAAUUUGAUAAGCAUAAUGCCUUGGACUAUAUCGUGCUGAUUGUCUCAUUCCUUAUAACCUGGAUAGAGACCUGGUUCAUGGACUUUAAAGUUCUGCCAAGGGAACAGAAAGCAAGAGAGAGAGCUGAAAGUCUUCUGGGAUCUUACCCUAACCACAUAGUUGAUGAGAGGACACCGUUACUAGGCAACAACAUGUCACCUGGUCCACAAGAUGACAACUUUAUAUCAUUACCAGGAUCUGAUGAUGAAGACAGUCAGAUAUUUGGUUCACUUCCCACCACUAGGGGGCACAGCAGGUCCAACAGUCGCAGUAGCGCCAUCUCCUGGCAACUUGGAGAAGAGGAGCAACAGUAUUUGAAGGUGGCAAAGGAAGCUUCUGACACUGCCUGGAGAUUAUACCAAGCAACUGAUGGUUGGAAGGAGGAAAAUGUGAAGAAUGAUGAGGAAAAAAUCUACACCAAAGUUAUACCAAACAUAGGGAAAAUAUUUAAAUCUGAAACCAUAGUUGAUGCUGAUGCAGAGAAGCUGUUUGGCCUGCUGUGGAAUGGUGUAGAAGCUGAGACAGAAUGGAACCCAACUGUCACUGAAGUUCAGAUUGCUCAAACUAUAGAUGACCACACAGAUAUUACUUACCAUGUGGCAGCAGAGGCUGCCGGUGGCAUGGUCUCGGCAAGAGAUUUUGUCAAUUUACGAACAUGGCGUAUAAAACACGGUUGUAUAUUCUCAGCAGGAUGUUCGGUGGAGCACAAAGACUACCCUGCUAAUCCUAAAUAUGUCAGGGGUGAAAAUGGUCCAGGGGGUUGGGUGUUUGAACCAAUAGAUGGUCAGAAAGGAAGGUGCAGGUUCACCUGGAUACUCAAUACAAUGCCAAAGGGCUGGCUCCCUCAGUACUUAGUAGAUCAAGCCCUAUCAGGAGUUAUGCUACUUUUUAUUAAAAACUUAAAGAUACGUGUUGCUGAUGUUGAAAAGAGCUGAUGUAGAACAAUGAGGAUUUAGAAUAGAUCCUGCGAUAUUGCACAUCCAUGAGGGGCCACUGAUCAUGUAUAACUCUCUUGUGAGGCCAUUCUGUCGUAAACCAAUUAUUACAAGAGAUAAUAACAAAUGGGAAUUGCCAAGUGCUGGCAAUUCAGGAUUUUGUAUUUCAUCAUGAGAGCAUAAUUGUGUUGAUUUAUAAUUAUCAAGAUCUAAGUCAUAAUUGUGAGUUGUAUUAUAUCCAGUACUUCUCCAGUGCUACUCUAGUACUGUUGUAUCUGUGCAUCAUAUAGAUGAUUAAAUGAAGUUAU